AUGGUGAGACCAACAGAUCAGAAGACAGCUGCCACUGGAAAGACAGUUUGCUACUCACAGUGCCCGAAAGGAGGGCACACCAUGGCACGGUGGGCCUUACGGAGAAGCAGCAGCAUCAGUCAGGAGGAGAGAGCAGAAGAGGGAAAAUGCAGACAAGAACCGUUACUGUGGCUUCUGCCGGAAGGAAUGGGCGAGGACCCUAAAUUACGUGAACUUCUGGAUGUGGGGAACAUUGGGCGCCUGGAACAUCGCAUGAUAACAGUGGUGUAUGGGCCUGACUUAGUUAACAUCUCGCAUUUGAACCUCGUGGCUUUCCAAGAAGAAGUGGCUAAGGAAUGGACAAAUGAGGUUUUCAGUUUGGCAACAAACCUGCUGGCCCAAAACAUGUCCAGGGACGCAUUUCUGGAAAAGGCGUAUACUAAACUUAAGCUGCAAGUCACUCCAGAAGGACGCAUUCCUCUCAAAAACAUAUACCGCCUGUUCUCAGCAGACCGGAAGCGAGUCGAGACAGCUUUAGAGGCAUGUAGUCUUCCAUCUUCAAGGAAUGAUUCGAUACCUCAAGAAGAUUUCACUCCUGAAGUGUACAGAGUUUUCCUGAACAACCUUUGUCCUCGACCUGAAAUUGAUAACAUCUUUUCCGAAUUUGGUGCCAAAAGCAAACCAUACCUUACAGUUGAUCAGAUGAUGGAUUUUAUCAACCUCAAGCAGCGAGAUCCCCGGCUAAAUGAAAUACUUUACCCACCUUUAAAGCAAGAGCAAGUCCAAGUGUUGAUUGAGAAGUAUGAACCUAACAACAGCCUCGCCAAAAAAGGACAGAUAUCAGUGGAUGGAUUUAUGCGCUAUCUGAGUGGAGAAGAAAAUGGUGUAGUUUCACCUGAGAAACUGGAUUUGAAUGAAGAUAUGUCUCAGCCCCUUUCUCACUAUUUCAUUAAUUCCUCACACAACACCUACCUCACAGCUGGCCAGCUGGCUGGAAAUUCCUCUGUUGAGAUGUAUCGCCAAGUGCUCCUGUCUGGCUGUCGCUGUGUGGAGCUGGACUGCUGGAAGGGACGAACUGCAGAAGAGGAGCCAGUCAUCACCCAUGGGUUCACCAUGACCACAGAAAUAUCCUUCAAGGAAGUGAUCGAAGCCAUUGCUGAAUGUGCAUUUAAGACUUCACCUUUUCCAAUUCUACUUUCAUUUGAGAACCAUGUGGACUCACUCUUAAGAGUCCCUUGGAGACUCAUCUUCGGCGACGCCCUGCUCAUGGAGCCGCUGGACAAGUACCCGUUGGAAUCUGGAGUUCCCCUUCCAAGUCCUAUGGAUUUAAUGUACAAAAUUUUGGUGAAAAAUAAGAAGAAAUCACACAAGUCGUCAGAAGGAAGUGGCAAGAAGAAGCUCUCAGAACAAGCUUCAAACACGUGCAGCGACUCCUCCAGUGUGUUUGAGCCCUCGUCCCCAGGAGCCGGAGAAGCUGAUACAGAGAGUGACGAUGAUGACGAUGAUGAUGACUGUAAAAAGUCUUCAAUGGAUGAGGGGACCGCAGGGAGCGAGGCCAUGGCCACAGAAGAGAUGUCUAAUCUGGUGAACUAUAUCCAGCCAGUCAAGUUCGAGUCAUUUGAAAUUUCAAAAAGAAGAAAUAGAAGCUUCGAGAUGUCUUCCUUUGUGGAAACCAAAGGUCUUGAGCAACUUACAAAGUCUCCGGUGGAAUUUGUAGAAUAUAACAAAAUGCAGCUUAGCAGGAUAUAUCCAAAGGGAACACGCGUGGAUUCAUCCAACUAUAUGCCUCAGCUCUUCUGGAAUGCAGGCUGCCAAAUGGUUGCCCUUAAUUUCCAAACAGUGGACCUGGCUAUGCAGAUAAACAUGGGGAUGUAUGAAUACAAUGGCAAGAGUGGCUACAGGCUGAAGCCGGAGUUCAUGAGGAGACCUGACAAGCACUUUGAUCCGUUCACAGAAGGCAUCGUGGAUGGCAUAGUGGCCAACACUUUAUCUGUUAAGGUAUGUUCACCCCAUCACACAACUGUGGUUCUUCCUUCUCUAGCCUGUCUGAGGAUAGCAGUUUACGAAGAAGGUGGUAAAUUUAUUGGUCACCGAAUCUUGCCAGUACAAGCAAUUCGGCCAGGCUAUCACUAUAUCUGCCUGAGGAACGAGAGGAACCAGCCUCUGAUGCUGCCAGCACUCUUUGUCUACAUAGAGGUGAAAGACUACGUCCCAGACACAUAUGCAGACGUGAUUGAAGCUUUGUCAAAUCCAAUCCGAUAUGUGAAUCUGAUGGAGCAGAGAGCUAAACAACUGGCUGCUUUGACACUGGAAGAUGAAGAAGAAGUAAAGAAAGAGGCUGAUCCUGGGGAAACACCAUCAGAAGCUCCGAGUGAAGCCAGGCCAACUCCAGCAGAAAACGGGGUGAAUCACACGACGUCCCUGACACCCAAACCACCCUCCCAGGCUCUCCACAGCCAACCAGCUCCAGGGUCGGACCGGCGACUGCUUGGCAGCCGCGGCCCUGCGCGCCCAGCCCUCCCGCCCUCCCGCCUCUCAAACCCGUUUGUUGCAGAUGUCGAAGCGCAGACGAUUGAAGAGCUGAAGCAGCAGAAAUCGUUUGUGAAGCUUCAAAAGAAGCACUACAAGGAAAUGAAAGAGCUGGUGAAGAGACACCACAAGAAGACCACCGACCUCAUCAAGGAGCACACUGCGAAAUACAAUGAGAUCCAGAACGACUACUUGAGAAGGAGGGCAGCUCUGGAAAAGACAGCCAAGAAGGACAAUAAGAAAAAAUCAGAACCCAGCAGCCCUGACCACGUCUCUACAACAAUUGAGCAAGACCUUGCUGCCCUGGAUGCUGAAAUGACCCAAAAGUUAGUAGAUCUGAAGGAUAAACAACAGCAGCAGCUGCUUAAUCUUCGACAAGAGCAGUAUUAUAGCGAAAAAUACCAGAAGCGAGAACACAUUAAACUG